ACACUAUUUACACUUCCACAAUUGGUACAUUUUUCGAAUUUGAUAAUCAAAUAUUAAAACAACCACUAUAUUAUCAUUACUCAAUUGAAGACUGUAGUGAAGGAUAUUUAACAUAAUUAGGGUCGAGUCUCGGUUUUCUAAUCGUUAGAACUUAUGAAAUUGUGAUGUGAUCAGUGCUGUGCUUGUACGUGCGCGUUUUUGCUUGCGAGAUUCUCAAGUAUGUAUUUGUGUCGAUGUUAAUGCGAGUGCGCGCGCUUGUAUUUUGUGUAGUUGGUAGUGGUGCGUACCUCGUAAUAUUUGAGUCUAUGUUGAAGUUCUGUACGUGUGUGAUGUGUGCACUGUCCAAUAGCAUUUGUGUGUGUAUGUGGUUGGUGUUGUGUAUGUUCAAUGUUGGCUGCAUUCAAUCUUCCAUAGUGAAAUUACUACUUUUAAACAAAAGGCUGUAAAUUUAGUUUUCAAUAUUUUUGGUUGAGUGUAUUACUCUAUAUUUAAAUAUUACUGAAAUCUAUAUGUCUAGUUUGAUUACAAUAUUAACGAUCACUUAACACCGAUUAUUACAAUUUUAAUUCGAGGUGCACCGAAGAUACAUUUUCCCUUUUGAAAAUCAUUAAACGAUUCACCCGUGGUGGUAGUGGUGUGGACUACGUGACAUUUUAGUGAUGUGGGAUGGACGUCAAUUUAAAAUACAAUCUUUGGCUCUUGUUUAUAUGGCAUACAUUUUUCAUUUUUAAAGUUUAAUAUUUAUGUUUUAGAUUCAAUCAGUUUAAAAGGUGUUUAAAUAAAAGUGUUUGAUUCUUUAAGUAAGUAGAUAUUUUAUUAUUCAUAAUAAAAUGAGUGGGAAAAGGGAUGUGAAAUGUAAACUAGAAAUUGAUGAACCAAAACAAAAAGAAUGUCCUGAAGGAAAAUUUAUUGAUCCUGUCAGUCUAAUGGAAAAUGGAAAAUUUGUAUUCAAAGUUCCACCAGAAGCUCCAGUUUAUAAACCCACCGCAGAAGAAUUUAAAGACCCAUUGAAAUAUAUUGCAAAAAUUAGGAAUGAAGCACAAAAACAUGGAAUUUGUAAAAUUCGACCUCCGUCUAAUUGGCAUCCUCCAUUUUGUGUUGAUGUUGAUAAUUUUAAAUUUACACCUCGGAUUCAAAAACUUAAUGAACUAGAUGCAAGUACUAGAGUUAAACUUAAUUUCUUGGAAAAAAUUGCCAAAUAUUGGCAUUUACAAGGAAUUCGUAUAAAAAUACCUGUAUUAGAACAAAGAGCUGUCGAUUUAUAUUCUCUUUAUAAAAUUGUAGAAUUUGAAGGUGGUUUUAAUCAAGUGUGCUUAGAAAAAAAAUGGAACAAGGUGGCAAGUCGUAUGGGUUAUGUAUACGAAAAAGCUUCUGGUGCUGUAUUAAAAGCUCAUCAUGAAAGAUGGCUCAAUCCAUUUUCUCUUUUUCAUGCUACAAUUAAAGAUGAAAUUUAUAAUAAGCCAGUUAAAAAAGAAAACAAUAGUGUUAAUGUUAUAGAAGAAAGCUCUUCCGCUUCAAAUUCACCUAAGAAACGAGCUAGAUUAAGUCCUGAUGAUGAUGAACCCGAUGAUUAUAUUAAAGAUCCAUUUUAUCUUAUGGAAAAUAAAGAAUUAAGAAAAUUGCAGUUUUUUGGUGCUGGUCCCAAGAUGGCAGGUUUUAGUUCUAAGUGCAGAAUAGGACAUCUAAAAACUAAAGAAACUAAAAAAUCUAAAAGAAAUCGCAAACCUGUUGUUGACAAUUUGGCUAAAUAUUAUUGUCAAAAAUGUGGCAGUGGUAAAUCUGAGGAGACCAUUUUAAUUUGUGAUGGAUGUGAUUUAAGUUUUCAUAUGCAGUGUUUAAUAAUACCACUUUCUUCUGUUCCUAAAGGGGAGUGGAGAUGCCAUAAAUGUGUAGUGAAUGAAGUGAUAAAACCUAGUGAUGCUUUUGGCUUUGAACAAGCUCAGCGUGAGUAUACACUUCAACAGUUUGGAGAAAUGGCAGACCAGUUUAAAUCCAAGUAUUUUAAUAUGCCUGUACAUCUUGUACCUACAGAUAAAGUUGAACAAGAAUAUUGGAAAAUUGUGUCGUCUAUUGAUUCUUCAGUAAUCGCAGAAUAUGGUGCUGAUUUACAUACUAUGGACCAUGGUUCAGGAUUCCCUACAGGCCUUGCGCUUUGUGGAAAUGAAGACAAUACUUUUUAUAAGUCUUAUAUAGAAGAUCAUUGGAAUUUAAAUAACAUUCCUAUAUUAAAAGAUUCUGUUCUUAGUUAUAUCAAUGCUGAUAUAUCAGGUAUGAAAAUACCAUGGAUGUAUGUUGGUAUGUGUUUUUCUACGUUUUGUUGGCAUAAUGAAGAUCAUUGGAGCUACUCAAUUAACUACCUACAUUGGGGUGAACCUAAAACAUGGUAUGGAGUUCCUGGAGAUUCUGCUGAAGCUUUUGAAGAAGUAAUGAAAGAAACAACACCAGAAUUAUUUCAUUCUCAACCAGAUCUUUUACAUCAGUUAGUUACUAUUCUUAAUCCAAAUAUCUUAAUGAAAGCAAAUGUUCCAAUUUGUCGAACUGAUCAGCAUGCUGGUGAAUUUGUUGUUACUUUUCCAAGAUCAUACCAUACUGGAUUUAAUCAAGGUUAUAAUUUUGCUGAAGCUGUGAAUUUUGCUCCUGCAGACUGGAUAUCAAUAGGCCGUGAAUGUGUAAAUCAUUAUUCAUCUCUCAAACGAAUAUGUGUAUUUUCACAUGAUGAACUUAUUUGUAACAUGGUAAGCUCAUGUGAUGAUUUAGCACCUAAAGCAGCUGAACUUGUAUAUGACGAUUUGAAUGAAAUGGUAAAGUUCGAAAGAAUUCAACGUAAAGCACUUUUAGAUUGGGGUGUUACAGAAGCAGAUUUUGUUGAAUUUGAACACCAAGCAGAUGACUUCCGACAAUGCAUGGUGUGUAAUACAACUCUUUAUGUAUCUGCAGUAUCCUGUUCAUGUGAUCCUAAAAGAUUAGCAUGUCUUCGUCAUUUUAAACAACUUUGUGGAUGUCCACCUCAAUUGCAUGUGUUUAAAUACAGAUACACCCUUGAUGAAUUUCCACCCUUAUUACGAAAAGUUAAAGCUAUAGCUGAAUUGGCAUAUGAAGAUUAGUGUGACUAAACAAUUUUAGGAAUUAUUGAUAAAAACUAAUGUUAAAACUUUAACUAAAGUUAAUACAAAUCUAAAAAUUAAAAUUAGAUAGGUUUGAUAGAGAGGUAUAUAGUAAAAUAAAUUAUAUUUUUGCAUCUCAUA